CACACGCAGAGCUCAUCAUGGCGGUGGAUUUGACUCCUCGCUUCAGAAGGUUGAACAGCCAAACAAGAAGCCUGCGUGAAAAUAUACAGCACGUUUUCUCUGGGCCCUUUGGUGCUACUCAGUUAUGGCACAGCAUCAUCCAGGCCCUGCAAACCCAGGUGGAGGUGCGUCGCUGCAGGAGGCACCUACGCGUCCAUGCCGAAUGUUUCACAGGCUCAGAUGCUGUGGACGCCGUCCUCAGCUAUCUGAUGCAGAAUGUGGUGUUUUGCUCGAGUGAGGUGUCUCGUCUCAAAGCUGCUCGGCUCUGCCAGGCUCUGAUGGAGGCGAAGGUGUUUGAGCCAGUGGGCACAAAGCUGUUUCGCAGAGACAAGGAAGUGACGUUUGAGGACAGCAGCUGCAGCCUCUACCGUUUCCUGGAAUAUAAAGUGGUACCCAGCUCUCCCAUGAAGGGAUUCCGUAGUGUCACAGAAAACAUGUCACCAGAGGAGCCGGAGGCUAAGAGAAAGAAGAGCUCCAGAAACGAAAUGAGAACAAUCUCCAAUCCUCUUGCUGUCGGCCCAUCAGACAAGAGGGUUGAGAGGCUGCUGAGGAACAUCAACCUGCGGCCCACCAUGUCACCAGGUUUACAUACAGCUGCAACAUCCUCUGUCUCUCUGUCGAGGGCUGCCGUAGAGGAGGUUUGGAAGCAGCAGACGCUGCUGCAGCUGCUGCAGAUAGUGGAGUUGCCCAUGCUGGACUGCAUCCUGACCUCUCCUUCCAGUGUUGAGCCUCAGGCCUGCAGAGCUCUUCUGACCAACCAGGACCUGGUUAUCUCCAACACGUGUCUGGAGAGAGAGAUGCCCGACGCCCUUAACCUGCCAAAGUUGGAUGGGUGGCUGUCGGCAGCAGCAGACUGUUUGGAGCUCUUCCCCGACCAGCUGAUUGUGUUUGCAGGGGAGCAGCUCCGCCAAGGCAGCGUUGCCUCUGCAGAGGAUGGAAAUGCAGAGCAGAGGUCCACUCAGAAGAGACUGCUCUUUGACACCAUUGCCAAGUACUACAGUGGACAGGAAAAAGCUCCACUUCUCUCAGGACGCUACCUGGAUAUACAUGUUGCAAUUCUGAAUCUCCUCGAUGGAGGGAAGGUGCAGGAUUCCAUCAAAGCAUCUCAGUUGUGUUUGCGACUUCUGGAGAGAAAUGUGAGAGAUGAGCUGCGGAGAUUACUGGCCUUCAUGGCCACAGCAGCUCACCCAGAUGCCUGUCGUCUACAGAAACAAACUGACAAUAAGGCCUUGGUCUGCCGCACUUUUCAGAGAGCAAUUGUCCAGAAUCACGAACUGACUCGAUCCCAGAGUGAAACCCUGGUUCUGUUUCUCAUGGACAGUCACACUGAGCUCUUCAAGACCCCUACGUCCCUUAUUGAAGCUGUGAGAAAAACACUGAGGACUAUGCAGCUGGGAAAAGACCCUGAUUCAAUCGCUACGUUCACCUUCUGCCAGCAGGCGACCCCGCAGGAGUACGAGGACCAGCGUGAGGCUACCACCCUGGGGAGCCUCAAACAGCUUCUACGUGAUAUUUCCUCCAGUGAGAGCAUGUCUGCCAAGGACAAGAGGAGGCUGCUCAAAGAGUUCGAAAAGCAUCACCCUGUGGUUUUCCUCCAACAUUUCUCCGGCACCUUCUGAAAUGUACAGCUGGAGGGUAUCGGUUUGAUUUUCAAGGUGCACUUGACAGAGUCAGUGUUUGAUGGUGCAGCUCUUACACUGAGGAAUGAUAACAUUUUAACUAGAAAAAACUUGUUGGCCUUAAAAUUCUCGAUGCUUUAAAAAAACUGCCAUACGAAUCUAGUGUGUAGAGAUGGAAAACACAGUGGGCUUCGAUAGUCAAGGUUUUAUUUGUCGCUAUGCUUUAAGUAUUGCAAUGGGGGUUUUGUAAAGUUUUGUAGUUAUCUUAGUAAUUCAUGUAUUUUUCAAAGAAACUGUAGGGGUGACAAGGUGGUUAGCACUGUUUCCUAACACAGCAAGAAGGUUUCCGGUUUGAAAACCUUGGCCAGGCACCUCUCUGUGGGGGUUUGCAUGUUUUCCCCAUGACUUUGUGGGUUUUCUGUGGUUAUUCCAGCUUCCUCCCACAGUCCAAUGAAGUGCCGUCUGGGGUUAUGUAAUUUGGAGACUCUAACUUGACCGUCGGUGGGAAUGUGAGCGCGACGGUUUUUCGUCUCUGUAUGUUGACCCGACAAUAUGCCAGCUACCUGUCUGGGAUUGUCUUCAGCUCCCCCUGUGACCGUCGAAGUAUAUGUGGUGAAGAUAAUGGAUGAAUGAGACUGGUUUUGCACUCGUCCAUGAAGGAUAAAUGAUCAGUUCAUCUGAUAUAAUCAAUGUCUAAAUGUGGUAGUCUCUGAGCUGUGAAAUCUCCAGCUGUGGGUAGCAAGAAAACUGCACUGGAUGGCGGAGGCAUACAAUUUAGUAUUUUUGUUAAUUGAGUUACAACAGUAACACUGAUUUUAGGAUGCAGAAAUUCAAGAUUCUAUGAAAUAUAAUGAAGUUAUAAAACAAACGUGAUCACUGGAAAACGUUUUAUCAGCCAUAUAGCCGACUGUAUUGAGGCUGGGGAAACAGCAACUGUUGUGUAUCUUGCAGUUUUGGAAAAGCGAUUGUGCACUUUGAUACGGAAUUCAUAUUCAUACAUAUCUAGUGAAGAAUAGCAAUAAUAUAGCAGCCAUUUUCUUUUGGUUUUACUGUAGCUCGCAAUGUUGCGUUUGGAAAAAAACACACUAAUGUAGCUGAAGUUUAACACAGGAUGUAAAUUGUUUUUGUUAGAGAUGAAGCACAAGGUUUUCGUCCUGUGAAAUGAAUAUGAAAUGUGUGAAUGUUAAGCUAACAGGAGCUCAGGUUAAUAUGAAGUUUAUUAUUUUAAUGGGGAUUUGAGUCGCUCUAACUUGGUCAAAUAUGUUGGAGUUUUAACUUUGUAGGGUUUUACAUGAACGAUGAAUAUUAAAAGGCUAAUAAUCUAAUCUUUGGUAAGGCACAGGACCUCGGUUGGAUUCUAUUCUUUUAACUGGUGAGGUCAUGCUCAUUGAAACAAAAGUUGCUCUCAUCGUCUGUCAGCAUAUUUUUCUCCGUGUGCCAACACUAAAAUCAUGUUAGAAUGCACUUUAUAAUGCUGAAAUAUGCUUUAUUUUCUGUCUGAAUAAAAUGUGUAAUU